AUGGCCAAUCGAGUCUGUUGGUCGGCCAGUCCGACACUGUCCAAUAGCCGCCAACACUCUACGGGCAUCGCAGAUGAUGGCACCUGGGACACGCUUAGUAGCCAAGGCGCGCGAGCCGUCAAGGGCUCGCCACGUGCAAAUGUAGCGUUUGCUCGCAAGCCCCAUCGUCAGGGAAGCUUUCGGGUGUCGAGGGACCGCCGGAGGCUGUCGGCUUCGCCUUCGAAACGGCUAGGUGGUUACUGUGCACCUCGAAAUGUCAAUGAAUGGGUUCCGCAGGCCAGUGUUUCUGCAGCAGAGACACCAGGCACACUCUUUGUCUCUGGCGAGGGCUCGCGUCCUGAGUUUCGGAGAUUCCAUUCGAGUCCCAUCGCUCGGCACAGCCCGCAUCUCAGCACACAGGUUCAGGAUGGAUCCUCUCAAACUCCGCAUCCUCAAGAAUUGCUCGGGGCCCCGUAUUUGGCCUUGGAGGGCCUGGAGACAGAUCCUGGGGUAGACAAACCUCAUGAGAUGUUUAGACAGCCAGACACCAACCCAAUCACGGAAGACCAGCUGGUACACGAAGUGCGAGGCAUCUAUGCUGGACUGGUGAUGGUGGAAAAGAAGUGUAUCGAGGUCGACAAACAGCAAUCGGAUGCAGGGCCUUCCAAAGCCGAUCUGUCGCCCGCUCGAUGGCAAGCCAUGAUCUCCUUGCAUCAAACUCUUCUUUACGAGCAUCACGACUUCUUCUUGGCUUCUCAGCACCCCUCAGCCAGCCCUGUUUUGAAACGACUGGCGGAGAAAUACGCCAUGCCAGCGCGGAUGUGGCGAUAUGGCAUCCAUUCAUUCCUGGAGCUUCUCCGACAGAAGCUGCCGGCGUCUCUGGAUUACAUGUUGUCAUUCAUCUAUCUCGCCUACUCGAUGAUGACCUUGUUGUUGGAGAGUGUCCCUGCCUUCGAAGAAACCUGGAUUGAGUGUCUCGGCGAUCUUGCACGAUACCGCAUGGCUGUCGAGGAGGUUGACUUGAGAGACCGGGAGGUCUGGGCAGGUGUGUCGCGCUAUUGGUACAACAAAGAUGCCGAUCGAAGCCCAGAGGUUGGCCGCAUUCAACAUCAUCUUGCAGUUCUGGCGCGUCCGGAUACUCUUCAACAAUUGUUUUAUUACACCAAAGCGCUCGUUAGUGUGCGCCCAUUUCCCAAUGCCCGCGAGAGCAUUAUCCUGCUUUUCAACACCCAAUUGAACGACAAAGCGCCUCAGAGAAAUUCGAUGAUUACUGCUUUUGUUGCUGCCCAUGGCGUGCUGUUCACACGGGGCCCAACCAAGAAAUUCGUUGCGCGAGCAAAUGAAUUUCUCUCGCUUCUGCGCAAGGAGAUCGACCGAUUGGCCCGGCAGGGACAGCAGGGUGUCUAUUUAAUGUCUUGUAACUUUGCCGCUAUGCUCCAGUAUGGCGAAGCUGAGGCGCCCCUGAUACUCGAAUUCGCUCAAAAGCAACCGACUAGUCUGGCAGAAGCCCACGCCUCUGCGAUUACAACAUACAAUAAUGCAGUCUCCGGGAUCGCCAAUGAUCCCGGGCACGCACACCCCGACAUUUCAUCCCAGCUCGUCUUUCAAGGCAGCUCUCUCGCAUUUCAUACGCUCUCCGUCAUUCUGGGUCAAAUCGGUGACCCAAAAAUGUACCCCAGCGCUCACAUCUCUCUGUCCUUUAUUUGGUGCCUAGCACUCCACCCGCCUGCCAUGCAACGAUUUGAAGCGAUGAUCCCAUGGACGGAAAUCGUUGCAUUCCUUUCCACCUUACUCCGACCCGACACCAUGAUCGCAAAGAUCGAAAAUGAAUCCUUCCCGCUGCUCGACGAUGGAUCUGCCCAGCAGUUACCCGAGGACUUCUUGAUACGAGGACAACUCUGGAGUCAGCUGUACUACCCUGAGAACUUCUUCAAAGGAGCUCCCAUUGAGGAUGACCGACCAUCGAUCGAGGAGCCUUCAGCAGUCAUACCUCGGAGACAUCGGUGUCUGUGGUUGGGAGUGCGCAUCGCAACGCUCAAUCGUUGGAUGUCAUAUGACUCUACCGCUUGCCGAUUCGAAGCAACCCAAUUGGCACAUGAAUAUGCACCUAUGGCGGAAAAUUGCGGGCAACUGAACAGCAAAACACAAUUCGUCGGGACCGAAGAGACGCCCUCCGACCUCGAAAUGACCGGCGUCUGA